GGUAAGAUGGAGGGAAUGGUGAGCUUACUACUAUGGAUCUCCCCUGGAUGAUGCCCACUGCAUCUUGGUAUAAAACGAUACAUUCCGCCCAUUAGUAUGCUGUGAUAUAGAUCGUCUUCGGAUCGUACUAUCCAUUUUCAGUCUUUCUCCAAGGCAAAUUCCUUGUUUUGUCAUUUCAAGAUGAGAAGCACUGGUGCUAUUCUCGCCUUGCUGGCUGUGCCAGCUGCUAUGGCCUGUCCGAGACGUCCAGGGACGUCAAUUACAACGGCCGCUGUAGCUUCUACUGCAACACCAGACGCAGUCUCUUCCUCGGUGUCAUUUUCUGCAUCGCCUUUGCCCAAUUAUUCUUCUUCCUCAGCGUCAUCUGCGGUGUCUGCGUCGACGGCAUUGCCAGUUGUAGCAUCGAGCAACGCUGUGAAGGGAACAUCGACAUUCUACGGAGGCAAUCUCAACGGGGGGACAUGCUCUUUCACCACUUACUCACUGCCAUCGGGAAUAUAUGGCACCGCAUUUUCAGGAUCAGCUUGGAACUCUGCAGCGCAUUGUGGUGCGUGUCUCGAUGUCACUGCGAACGGAAAGACGAUCACAGUAAUGAUCGUGGACAAAUGCCCUGAAUGUGACGAGGGCCAUCUUGAUCUGUUCGAGGACGCCUUCAAUGUCUUUGCGUCCUCGUCAACCGGCCUUCUACCCACCUCUUACACAUUCGUAGAUUGCCCCAUCUCUUCACCGCUUGUCCUACACAACAAGUCAGGAACCUCGGCCUACUGGUUUUCUAUGCAGGUCGUGAACGCCAAUGAGCCUGUCUCCAAGCUAGAAGUUAGUACGGAUGGUGGUUCGACUUGGAAAUCAACAAAGCGACAGGAUUACAACUUCUUCGAGAAUCCGAGCGGAUUCGGAACAGAUACUGUAACCGUCCGUGUCACUAGCGAGUCGGGAAGCACCGUGACUGUCAGGAAUGUGAGCGUGGCCUCGGAUUCGCAGGUGACAGCUGGGUCAAACUUCUGAUCGCUUCUGACUGCAAUGCAGCACCUGCGAAUAAGAUGCAAGAUCAUGUAGCCUCAAGUAAUUUUCAUUGUCUAUAUUACAUUAGUCUUCAUAAUUUGGUAACUUACACAUCUUCAACUCUUAGUUUCCUUGUCGUUGAGAGACAAUUACAGAAUU